AUGGCAGCGAUCCCGUCAAGCGGCUCGCUUAUGGCAACACACAAUUACUACCGAAGGCGCCUGAGCUCGACCUCAAGCAACAGCUCCUGCGGCAGCGCGGACUACGCUGGCGAGGUCAUCCCGCACCCGCCGGGUCUCCCCAAGGCGGACCCCGGGCACUGGUGGGCCAGCUUCUUCUUCGGCAAGACGCCCGCCCCGGCCAUGAGCACGGUGUCGGAGUCCCCGGAGCGCCUGGGGCCGGGCUGCGACAUGGGGCCGGGGGCCGGCAGGAAGCGUCACGCGAGUGAGCCCAGCCAGCCCCGCGCGGGGCCCUCGGCGUGA